CGAGAAUAUUUUUUUUUUGUAUGCAUACAUUUAGCUUGGAAGAUAGUUCGACAGGCAUAUUUUAAAAGAUCCGCCUCCCUACUUCAUUAAACAAAUAACUCUCCCUACUUGUAUCAUUAUAGAUAUUUAUUUCUCAAUUAAUUUAUUUUAAUUUAGAUAUUUUAUUACAAUUCUUGAUUUGGGUGUGAUUUCAUAAACAUUUCGAUACACUUUAUAAGGCGGGAGUGAGAGAGGCUUUUUCAAAGAAAUAUUUAAAUUUAUACUUUUCACCUUCACCACCCCUUCACGUUCAUUUGAAUCAUAUUUAACCCAGGGACCUGGCAGUUUCUUUCUGUAUAUAUGCGAUCCAGUAUAUCAGAUCGAUUGUCUAAGAUGGAUAAAAGAUUAUUGAAUGUAAGGUUUAAGAAAUCAACUGCUAGUAUAUUUGUUCUUUUCAUAAUCUUUAUAAUCGUUUUCUUUUUCCAUCCAUUCAAUGAAUUAACUACUGUUAAUCUUCAAUCAUAUCCAAAUCUAGUUGACUCAUUAAAGGGUAAUACGGUGAUAUCGGAUAUUAAGAUUAAAAAAUGUUUUUAUUAUAGCUCAUGUCAAUUAAAUAAGGUUGAACAACUUCAAUGGCGUCGACUUGAUUCACCACUUGAAUUAUAUGCUGCUAAACCAUUCAGAAGUCUUCUGAGAUCAAUGGACAUCUUUAAUACGUUUGUAUUUGUCAAGCAAGCCCUGGCACAAACUGUAGACAGUGCUCUAGUUGAUGUUAAGAUCACUUUGAAAGGAGAACCCAUCAAUGAUAGUAAUGAAGGUUGGGUACUGACUGAUUAUGAUUCUUAUACAAUUUGGAAGAAAUUUAUUAGUAAAUCACAUGAAACAUUUGAACAAGUUGAUCUUGUUCGAGAUUUGGAUAUUUUAUUUGGAAUGGAUGAUUUACAAGAUUCAAGGGAAUAUUGGCAAUAUCAAAGAACUAGUAUUCCAGUUAAUGCUCCUGUUUUACCUCAUUUAACCCUUUUAAAAGUACCACUUACUUCACAUAAUAAAAUUUUCACAGAAUUUCAUGAAUUUCAAAGUUUAAAGCAAAAUGAAGUUUUACUUGCUAAAUCUAAUAGUUUAAAAAUUGUUCAAAUUUCAGAUUUACAUAUUGGUCCUGAUACUGGCUUUUGUUUAGAUUCUCUGAUUGAUUGUACUGCUGAUUUGAAAAGUUUAGAAUUUUUAGAAAGUUCAUUUGAAGGUGAAUCAUCAUCAAAACCAAUUGAUUUGGUUGUUAUCACGGGAGAUUUAAUUGAUAGUCAUAGAACUAAAGAAUUCAAAUCUUCAAUUUUAAAGAGUUUAUCACCAAUUUUGUCUAAAAAAAUUCCAUUUAUAUUCACUUUUGGAGAAAUGGAUGAAGUACCAUUAUAUGAAGAUAAACCUGAAGAUGAAAAUUCACCUGAUGAAAGUGAUUUAAAAGUUGAUACAAUUUUAAAAUUAAAUAUUUUAAAUUUCAUAUCUUCAUUACCAUAUUGUUAUAAUAAAUUCGUGAGAUAUAAUCAAAAUCUACAUGGUUUAACCAAUUAUAACAUGAAAGUAUUCAAAAUGCCAGUGAAUGAAGAGACUCAAUUAAAACUUGAUGAACCCGCUGCAAUUAUAACUGUAUUGGAUUCAGAAAAUCAUAAGAUUGAUUCAUCUCAAAUAAAUUUCUUGUAUCGAGAAAAUCAACCACUUAAAUCCAAAGAUCCAUUCAAAUUAUUAUUUUUCCAUUAUCCAUUACCAAAUUACAGACCACAGGGUGAAUUCAAAUUAAUCGGUGCUUAUAAUGAUAAGAAACCAUUAAAGAAGAAGACUGAUAUGAAAUUUAGAGAUGAUAUUGCUAGUUUGGGAUAUCAGGUUGUAUCAGUAGGACAUGAAUAUAAGAAUGAUUUAUGUCUUCUUAGUGAAAAAAUUGACCGUAACACUGUUAUAAAUUCUAUGUGGUUAUGUUAUAGUAGUGGAGCCGGUGCCAGUGUAGGUACAUCCGUUGACUACGAUAGAAAGUUACGAGUAUUUCAAAUUGAUUUUGAAAAGAAGCAAAUGCUCAGUUGGAAGAGAAGUGCUUUAAAGGGAGCAUUUGAUCAUCAAAUGAUCCAUGAAUAUUAAAAGGAGGAGGAAAAGACACUAGAGAGAGAGUUGAUCCCUAAAUUAGAAUUACUUUACAUGGUAAGUAUUAUUCUAUAUUGGGUUAUAAUUCUUUUUCAUUGCUUCUCUCUCUCGACAACUUUGUUUGAUUUUAUAGGAGUUCCAGA